AUGCAUCUCAUGUACAUCCCCGACCCAGCGAACCCAACCAAGCGCAUCUACACGCUGAAAAAGGUCAUCGACGGCGAAGUCAGCAAGAGCGCGCACCCGGCCCGUUUCUCGCCCGACGACAAGUACAGCAGGCACAGGGUUACGAUUAAGAAGCGCUAUGGACUGCUUUUGACGCAGCAGAAGAACAAGGUCGCUGAGAAGAACUAA